GCUCCAGUUCUAGGUUACUAACAGGCUUUAGACUGUUCCUUGACUGACUUGGAAACUGAAGAUCAAAGGAAAAUGUGUCCCUGUGGUUCAAUAACUUCUGAAUUGGGGAAGUAUACAAAAGGGAGAAAUGAAUGAAAGAAAAAGGAUAUUCCUGUCUUGCAGCUGGCCCGUCUCCACAAGUGAUCAGUGUAUUGUUUGCCCCUCUGUGCCUUCUCAGAGUCCCACAAUUCCUAUCAGAUCUGGUGCUCUAACAGAGGAACUAAAAAUUACCAUUUUCUGAGCCUUCUGCUUUUCCACUGGCUGGAAUUCCACAAAGUGGCCACCAGUUCUCUAAAAGUGUUUAAAUGCCUUAGCGAUAUCUGUAUCACCAGGAAAGUUCCCAGCAAGAAGGAAACCAAAAUAUGGCUGCUAGCCUAGCUACUUAGGAGGCAGGGCUACAGUAUUGCCUGCUUCAUGGCCUAGCUUGGGCUACAGACUAAGGGAAAGGCAAGCCUGGGCAAACUAAUAUGACCUGGUCUCAAAAUAAAAAGCAAAAAUGUAAAAGAAAAGGGCUAGGAGAGGAGUGGCAGCAUGUGAAGCCCAAAGUUCUGCCCCCAUGUGGGGACCGGGGUGGGGGAGGAGCAGAGGGGGAAGAACCAGAGUAUAAGUAAGCUUGGUGUUCCGCGACAUGUGUAAUCCCAGUGCUCAGGUAAUGGAAACAGGAGGUCCCAGGCUCUAAGUGACCCUGUCUCCGAGCCUCUCUCUGUAAAGGAAGCAAGGUAGUAAUCAGCUUUUCUAAUUGUCUUUCAGCUGUAAUACCAGUGGACAUAUGUUGUCAACCCCCAUCAUUGAAGCCAAGCUGUUUUCAACAGCUAUCACUCAAGCCAAGCUGUGAGUUCUCCAUGAUUUUCUCCUGCUUUCCUUCGUUAUUCUCUGAGCCCACCCUGCCCAUUUCUACACUGUGUGCAGACACACAAGAUGUGUGAUCCCCUACCCCACCCCACGCCUUCCCACGGCCUGUGUCGUCUAGCUCCACCUCUGCCAACAAAACAGUGGGAAAAGGUUGUCAACCUUGUAAUCCGUGUAACGCUUGUCAACUUUGUCAACUUUGUAAUCCUUGUCAACCAGCACUGAUGCCUAGCUGCCCAUCUGAGCCGACCGUGCCCGUAUUACUUACACAGAGAACUGGAACAAAGCAUGGACCACCUAUAAUACUGAAAAAGCAAUCAGAUUGCAAAGGACAGGUGAUCAGACACGGCGGGAGCGUCACCUUCCAGGACCCCUGCGGGAGCGCACUGAAGUGCUGUAAGGCGUGGAGAAGAUGCCAGUGCGAGUACUGCUGCCCGAAGAGACGUGAACCCAUAUGGUGUGAAGAACCGGCUCCUUCCACCCCUCCUCAGCAGCAUCCUCCACGAAGACAAGAUUCUCAAGUAAGGUUUGACCAAAGAAGCGACAGUGAACUUGGCGCCCAGACCAUAUGUUAUGAAGAGCCAUUCCUUUUCAGAAGACUCGAGUCCCUGAUAAGGAAGAACCAAGACGGGAUAGUAAUAAGGCAGAAUGAAGGCGGCUUUCUGAUACAGAAGGCUGGGGAGCCCCCAUCGGACAAAAAAGAACAAAAACAGAAAGGGAAAAGGCCAUCCAAGAGGUCAUCACAAUCCAGAGACACCGAUUCUGAUUCAAGUGCACCACAGACUGCAGAGGCCAGCACUCCAGAGUCCGCAGAGCAGCCACCCUCCGAAGAAAAGCCAGACGAAGGGGACGGAAAGAAAAAGAAAGACAAGAAGAAAAAGAAGAAAAAAGACAAAGAUUGAGAAAAGUGAAGGAGGGUAGGGCAAAGCAUGGCCUCCAGUGUGAUCCCCUCAUCAGAUACAAGUCACAUCUAAUCCUCACCCCGGUGCAUCAUGUUUAUAAAAUCCAUCCCUUCUAGACAUCUUCAUCUUCUGCUCUUCAGAAGUUUGUCCUUACUACACCUCCCUGCCACGAUCUUCAUCUUCCAAAUUUUGCUUUAUUAAUCACAAUAUAUAAUCCAAUUAAGAAAGACGGUGUUUUCUGAAAUAAAAUGUCCUUAUUACAUAUCUAA